CAUUCCUUCAUGUUCUUCUCUUUUAGUUUCUCCCACCCUGCAAACAAUUCAGAAACAACAAUGGAGCCAAAGUACCAUACUCAAUCACCUCUCAUCAUCUUAUUUUUCUUCCUCUUUUGCUUCAACUUUGCACAAGCCGUUUGCAAGCCUCGGAAUUUAAACUUGAGGUACCUAACUAUUCCCUCGACAUCACCAAAUUCUCCUUCAAACUCGCAGCCGGCUAUGUCCCCUACUAAGCCACAGCCGGGUCAAUUCUUCCCUUCAUGGCGCCCAACAGGUCCUCCACCAAGCCGUACUGCAUCAGCCCCAUACCCUUCUUCACAGCCUCCAGAAAAACCACCUCCUGCUGGCAAUUCUAUUUCUCCUUCAUCUUCCUCCACAUCCUUUCUUCGCCACCCUUCUGAUAAUCCCAAAGACAGCCCGCGCAGCAACCUCUUUACACAGUCUACAUAUCCCAAAUCAGCUUCAUCUUUUGUCCCACCUAACCCAGCAAUCCAACAAAUAUGCAAAAACACUGACUACCCUGAUAUUUGCGUCUCAUCUGUGGCCCCUUUCCUACCAUUAGUACCCAAGCUGGACCCUGUAGCUGUGCUUGAGAUGACAAUCAAGGCAGCCACGACGCAUGCCAAGUUGUCGCUAGCCGCGGCCUCAAAACUUGUGCUGAUGAAUAACAUUGCCCGUGGCACAGCCGCUGCGCUAAGCGAUUGCAAGGACAUGUACGGUGAUGCCUUGGAUGGCCUUCAGAGUGCAAUGGAUGCAAUCCAGAGCCGUGACAUUGGCACGAUCAAUAGCAUGCUCAGCGGGGUGGUAACAGAUGCUGUGACAUGCGGGGAUGGGUUUGAAGGAGAGAAUUCUCCAUUAGGGGAUUAUGAUGACAAGCUUCACAAGAUGGCCAGCAAUUGCCUUGCCAUUGCUUCCUUGAUCAAGUGAUCAUGAUAUAUAAAUCUUCAAUUGCUUCCAUUUUGCUUUUGUGCUGUCUCUUUUAAUUUGUAAAAGAGAAACAUCAAAUAUAUAUAGCUAGCAAAUUGGGAAGAGUAGAUGUAGGAAUAUGUUAAACAAGUACCAGCAUGUAUCAUUUUGAAUUACUUGUAUAGACAUAUAUAUACUUGGUUAUGAAAGAAUGUUAUGCAAAAUAUACACAUAAAUUUGCAUCUUUGCAUUCAAACUAAGGAUUUUGAAUAUUUGAAUUUGCAUUAGAGAGUUUUUAUCGGCACUCUAAAAAAAUCUCUUGUAAAAAUAUAAGGAAGAAAUUACAUUUGAAGGAAUGCAUGAUGAAUUUUCUGGAGUGGCGAA